GCACCACACGUCAACCCCCCCAGCUGCGCGGUGUAUGUACUGUCCCGGACGUAUUCCGUGCAGACAGCAGCGCCUCCCAAUCCACCUACAACUAUCUACACGUUGUUCCUGUCACGCCUUUGUCUCUUGCCUGUCGGAUGCACAGAUUCUCAUGGCCGGUGUAGUAUUCUCUUAGCACGUCCUCUCACCAUGGAACCCCGCGCGCCGUCCUCUUCGUCUGCCAAGGCCGCCACCUCUUGCGCGUCGUCUUCUGGCGGUUCGCCUCCUCCUGCUUCAUUAUCGCCCUGCAGCGCCUGCAAUGGACAUUCUGGUUCCAUUACAAGUAGCAGUCCAGCCCGAGAGGGAGCCUCGGCGCCAGGAGAUUCUACACAAGAUAUUGGCAAGGUUGCUGCGGAGGGGGAGCGUCAUCCCAAGGGCAAGAGGAAACGAACCCAAGCCAAAGACAAGCAGAUCCUCGAAGAGGAAUACCAGAAGAACUCGAAGCCGGACAAGGCGGCACGUCUCGAGAUCGUAAAACGCGUGUCGCUUACCGAGAAGGAGAUCUGGUUUCAAAACCGGCGUCAAAAUGACCGGCGAAGGACGCGAACAUAUUCGGCCGAGGAGGUGGAAGCUAUGACAGGCGGUCGUAUCAGACUUCUCGCUUCCCAACCUAUUACCCCCAACACUGUCCUCGGCUUAAACGAUAUGAAUUCCAUCCAGUACACGCCCGCACAGGAGCACGGGGCAACAACCUCGCUCGCGUCGGACCCCGCCAGCUCCCAGUCUCGCGACGAGCCCGGAAAGGCACAGGGUGUAUCGCACGAGGCCACCUUGGUGGGGCAUGGACACGUCGAGCGCGAACCUCGAAGACUCAGUGAGCCCUGGCAGCCGCGUUCCCAAUUCUUCUCGGGUUCAGUAGGCUACCUCUCCAACCGAUGGAAUGCCCCGAAUUCCUCGUUCACGUCUGCUCCCUCCUCCCAUCUCGUUAGGUCUCACUCUUUCUCGUCGGCCUUGCCGCCCGCAACAGCGCCCAGUCUGGUUCCUUCCCCACCGAACCCUCUCCGUCUGUCCACAUCCAUAGACGGCAAGGCUGAGGUUGUUCCCGCAAAUGCCUCGCCGGCGCACCCUAAUGUCGCGCCGCCUUCACCAGGAACCCUGCACCGGCAAGGCCCCGGGCGCCGACUAGAUUUCCGACGUAGCCACAGUACAACGUCUCUUCCCCUCCCCCCAAUCUCGACGCUUACCAGGUCCUUGUCGCCAGCACCCACCGGCCCACUGCCUCCUCGUCUCACGCGCGGCCGUUCCCGCGAUGUCAACGCCUGGGAAUACUGCUGCGGCUCCGAGAACACCGAGGAUCUUCUGACCAUGCAAGCCCAGCACGAGAGCAGCGGCUCAGCCGCCGCCGCUAUCCACUUGAUCAGGUCGACGAGCUCGCCCGGCGGUAUUCCACCCCCGCUUAGCGCCGGUACAAAACGCAACGCAGCCGUAACCAGGACCGCUCGACGCGCAGAUCCCGCUAAGAAGCCCAGGCUAAGCACACAGGCGAGCAGUCUGGGGAGGAUGGAAACAACAGUAUUCAGUCGCGGCCAGCGACACAAUAUCAAGCGGCCUGUGGCCCCGGCCACGCAGUUGGACAAGCCAAAGACGACCUCACAUGCACCUCUGCUCCUGUCAGGCAAUGAUUCGGACAAGGAGAACUGGGACCCCGAGGAGGACGCCACCAGCCCGCGCGCUUUCCGCCGUCUAUCUCCCUACCGUCCGAGGCUGCCAACCAACGCCAACAACAGACGGCCGCUUCCCACCAGUCCGUCAAGACGACGGAUGCUCCACCACGACAAGUCGCGCAGCCCGCAUCGCUUCCUCUCCCGGGCCAGCACGAUGCCCGCCGCACGUGGGCGGGGCCGCUCGCCGCCGCUCAGGAUAUUUGAGGACGCUGAUGACAAGAGCGUGGCGUCUGGUGGUAGCCAGGGCAGUGGUCCAGAAGAAGAAGGCGUGGAUGACGAAGUGGAGCGCUUCAUGCGCGGCGCUGUCAUCAGCCCGAGCAAGAAAGGCGAUGCCGACGCUGCUGCGAGCUUGCUCUCCCUUUGUCGGGGUAAGUGGCGAUGACAUCCAUAAUAGAGACAUCACAUUGUGUAAGGGACUGGGUGGGGGACGAUGUGGAGUUCGU